UUGAAAGUGGCCUUUUCAAGUUGAUUGUUACGUCGUAGCAUCCGUAGAUUUAGUAGGUCAUUACUAAAAAUUGCACUAUCCGUCACUGAUUAUUAAUUUGCCUUCUUUUAUCAUCUGCUUGCAAUGGAUAGAGAAAACAAAAGUAAAUGAUGGUCAAAUGUGAGAAACAGCUAUUUGCUUUAGAACAAUAAUGUUCAUUGUUGUAUACUCUGUUAAUUUAUUCACCACCGUAUCCAGAAGACUGACGCAUUACCAAUAAAAAAAGUGUUAGAUUAGUUUGGUAAUAUUAUAAACAUGUUGCAAAUCUAGGUUUCGAAUGAAUCAUAACCAGUUUAAAUUUGACUUUCCAAUAGAACAAGUUUUGGAAGAAUGGAAGACACUAGAUGAAAAUGAAGACAUACCGGCUGAAGAUCAGGAGAACGAUAACGAUGAAUCGAAUAUUCUUAGUCAAGAAUCCUUUUUUGCUCCUCACUAUAAAGAUGGUAUUGAAUAUUUUUCCAUAAAAAACCCUGAAAAAGUAAAGCAAGAGUGGCUUGAAGCUAGAAAAUUAAUUAUACCACAUAUUCAGAACGUUGUAAAGCAUCUAGUUCGAGAAAAAUUUCAAAAUUGAUUGGAUAUAUGAGAAAUUCUGUCCCUGCAUUUUAAUUUUACUAUUCACUGUUAAUUAUGUCAUUUGAGUGGGUUUUGAAUAUAGAUGCAUAAGAAGAAGAACCUUUUGGAUACAUUUUUGCUCAGGAUCACUUGGUAGUGCUUCAUGAUUUGAUUCUUGACAUGUCCCAUUCUAUAUUCAUUUCAUGUUAGCUGUAGAUUUUAUGCCUAUCAUUGUCACCUAUAUUAUAGUCAUGUGUUUAUUUCACCUUAUAACUCGUUUAUACCCCGUUUAAACAGUCGUUAGUCGUCAGAUGGUUUUUUUCAGUCUUGGUGGUUAACUGACUCGUUUUCUAAUCAGUUGGUUGUUUAUUUGGAUUUUUCUUGAACUACUUUGGCUUGAUUGACUUGGUUGUCUCAUUAAAUUUCACACAAAGUGUGCCUUUAAGAACAGUAUAAGAACUGGCACCUAGUUUGCUUUUCAGAGGUUGUUACUGAAUGUGAAAUCAGACGCGGUUGUUGUGAGAUCACUCAUGCUUUUUCAGAUCACUGUCUUCAAUUUUUGACACUUAAACAGACUAAACAACGGAUAAACGUUACUGAAACAUUAGAAGGUUUCAUUUUAAUGUUAUUUGUGCUUCAAGAAAUUGUGUUCAUGACUCCGACAAAGUAAUUUUUAAGGUCCGCACUGUUAUGUUUAACCAUUAUAAGAUCAGGUUUCUCAAAAUCUUGGAACACCGACUUUAGUGGUUCAGAUGCGACCUACAUAUCAACUCAAAACCUAAGGAAAUAGGCUGUCAAUCCCCUGCACAGCCAAGUGGAAUAAAUGGUAUCUCCGUUGAAUUAAGACAUAAAGGUACAUUGUCUCUCCCUUGAACUUGGUCCUACAGGCUGUGCAACGCAAUUUGCGAUGUUAUCAGACAUAUCUCAAAACAACAGCUAACAGAGAUACUGUUGUAUUUCUUGUGAACAGCGAAACGCAACUAACUAAACUAAAUUUAUAUUGAUUGUCCUUGAUUAAGUUGUAUCUAUUGACAUUUUCAUUUGUUUAAAUGUCCUCUCUUCCAUUUUUCACUAAAUUGUUAUCAAAUUUUAUGUAGUCUAUACCCUAUUGAUUAUAUCCGAAGGUCUUUCUGUCUUAAAAUUAAGGUGGAAUUUAUCACCUUUAUUUUUGAUGUGAAAAGCUUACGUACGUAUUCUAUAAAAGUACAGUAUAAAUAUGACCCAAAUAAAAAAAUACUUUCAUAUUUCUGGUUUAAACUAGUAUAUGGCACGCCUUACUAACAAAUUUAUAAUGGUUCAAAUAUGUUACUGGCAUAGUAUUUGAUUUGUAAACUAUUGUAAUUGAUUAUGAAAGACACUUGUUUUGCAUAUAAUCAAUGUCUGCACAUACUAAAUCUACAAUGUGUUCGAAAGCCAAGCUUGUUCAGUAGAUAACAGUGUUUUCUUUAAGAACAUAACGCGUAACAUACAAAAGCAAUAGCGAAAUUAUUUUUUAUGCCAAUAAUCCGACUUCAGUGAUCAAAUCUAACUCGAAAUACGUACUAUCUCCACAUAAUUGUUUGAGCUACUCAAAAGGAUACAUACUCAUUUAGUCAAAUCGUCUGGAUGCUUUAAGUUGACUGAAAAGUUCCUAGUAAGUGAUUCAUAUUCUCUCCGAUCAGUACAGCUAUGAGAAACUUGUUACCUAUUACUUGCUCCCAGCUGAAACAGUAAUUUUCCAUAAAUUCUCUUAAGGUUCCAUAAGUUCGUGUACACAAACCUAAAGAACUUGAAAAAGUAAAACACAAUACUUUCAUAGGCGUAGGAUAAACACAUUCUGCUGUUUUACUCUAUUAAUAUGUAAUAUAAAGUACUUUUUUUGUCAGCACUUACAGUUUCCAGACUAUCCUUGUUAAAUACUGUGAAAAAUGUCGAAAAUUCUAUAAUAAACCCACUACUGAACCCAUUCACUUUGAUGUGUAAGUAGUUCUUCUAAUGUUUUGUCACUGACUUUAAUUCAGAGUAACCGUCCAUACGUAUACUAACAGAUUCCAUCAAUCGAACUGGACUACCUUUGAAAGAAGAACUAACCAAAAAUUGACUUUUCGUCAUAAACACCCAUUUUAUCAUCUAUGAUUUCACUACUUGAGAUUUAAAUCAUUCUUCGUUUUUGAUGACAACCAAAAUAGUCUACCGAGGUUCUGGAACAUCCAUUUCAUCAUCUAAUGUACAGUGUUAUGAACGAUAAAGGGAUAUGACAAUUAGCAUACUCUAGAGACUCAUAUAUUUGAUUCACUAUUUAACGAAAACACUUCAAAUGUUAUGCAUUUGUAGAGGCUGGUACUAUGUCGAACCACAUGGGUUAUUCUAGCCUCUAGAUAGACUGAUCUAUUCGUUCCCCUCAAGCCACAUUUUUACUUUGUCACUUAUCCUCUUAAUAAUCCUGACUGUUUUUGUAUGAUCAUAUGUGUUAAUUACUUACCCUAUUCAUUUGUCCGUAAUUUAUUUUUGCUUGACUGUAAAUAUCGAGUCAUGCUUGAUUAAGUUAAGUUGGUUCACCCUCCUCCACUGCGCAUUACUACGUUUCAUUUCGUAUUGCUUCGCUCCCUUCACUCUGUUUCUCUGUUCAGAUCAACGAUUAUUUGAAAUAUAUGUAUGCGAAAUCCACUCUCAUACUUGACUUAUUUAAUCCCUUAUUCUCUAAUGCAAAUUACGUUGACAAUUAUAUACGAGGGUAGCUAGCAUGUAUAUUUCGAUGACAAUCAUCAUACGAUAUAACUAAAGUCAGAUAUCGGGCCAGUAAAGAUUAUAAUUAAUUCGAUUGACGUUAUCAAAAAACCCUACUAUAAACGAACAUUGGGUGACUGUAUUUGAAUCUAUUUUUAAUAUGUUUGGCAUUAGAUUUGAAACUGACGUAUGUAAUUUAUUCAGUAAUGGUACUAAUAAAUCUCAUUGUUAACAAUAUUUGGGGAUGGUUUAUUGGUUUCUAAUUGGAUUUUAUCAACUACAUGAAUAUUUUCGAUAAUGAUAACUGUAUUUUAAAUAGCUUUCUUCAUAUCUAUAAUUUGACAUUAAAUUGAAAAAUGACUCUGAAAGAAUUAGGUCCCACAGUUUAAAAAUUAGAUCUGAAGACAAAAAAUAGUGUAAAAUCUAGCACAAAUGUUUAUCAGUCUAAGUUAACACCAUUUUGUAACACGUUAACAGGGGCAGACAAGGGGAUCGUAAACGUUUAGUCAUGAGUUAAUGUGACAGACCAAUAAGAACUGUUGUGUGAUUUUGGGGUGCUUAAUUGUAACUUCAACUCUGCUUAUAGCUCUUGUAAAUUUACUGCCAGCCCCAAGCCCGGGUAAAGGAGGAGGGUUGGGAAUGGGGGUAGCGACACCAUCCCGUAGAAAACUAACUCGCUAACCACCAUCAAGAAGGUACAAGUAUUUACAAAUAGCUGUCUACGCAUGAUGCUCAACAUCCAUUGGCCGGAUACUAUCAGCAACAUCCUCCUGUGGUAGAAGAUAAAUCAGCUUCCAGCUGAAGAGGAUAUACAUUACGCAAAUCAUCAAACUGCAUCACGAGGCAAUUCCUAACUUGGAGUCCUGAAGGGAAGCGGAAGGCCAAAGAACACAUUACGUCGGGAAAUAGAAGCAGACAUGAAAAAGAUGAAUAACAACUGGAAAGGAUUGCCCAGGACAGGAUGGCGAAUGCUGGUGAGCGGCCUAUGCUCCUUCACGAGGAGUUACAGGCGUAAGUAAGUAAUCGUAACUUCGUUGAGCAUAUUGUAUGCAUGGGUGUUUAUUUCCAUACAGUGCUAAUUACCAUUUCUAUAUUUAUUAACAGCUAAUAAAGCGAAGACAUUUUUCUUCAUGGCUCUACAUUAUAUACAUUUACGAUUUACAACGAAUUAGUGAUAUUCACUAAGUCUUUGUGUAGCGUAAUAGUGGUUAUAAAAUAAUGUUUUCAUAUGUGUAGACUUGUCGAUUAUUUACCGUUAACUUGGAGCACUUUUUAGUUGUGCUCGACUUAUGUAUAUCCGUUAUCUAUACUUUAACUGUUUACCUGUAAUUCACACACUAAUGAUCUUAUGUAGUGACUAAGUUACCCACUGUCCACUGAAUUGACUUAUACAGCUUGCCCUAUUUACAUUAAUUCAGUAUCUAUCAUCCUUCGCUCAGUUUGCCUACUCAUAUAAAUGCCUAAAAUAUACAUGUCCGUAUCCAGCUGUUUAUUCCUACGCGAUUGGUUGACAGAAGAUAUACAAAGUUAAGGAUGAAUGUAUUUCGUGAACAUCGUCAUUGAUUGAUCAUGAAGUCAACAAUAGAGAUGCAGUGAUAAACCCGAUUUCAAACAGAUGCAGAUGACAUACUCACCGAAUUUGAUGCAGAAAAAGAAUCCAAUCCAGCACACAUAAAUACACUCAAGUCGAAUUGUUCAAACUACGUGCCGGUUACUUCUAUUCGUUAAUUUUGUAAAUCAUUCAUAUUAUCCGCAAAAGUUGUAGAUUUAUUAUAAGAUUACAACAAUCAAAGUACCAACUCUUCGGAUCAUUAUAUUUAUUUAAUAUUAUAUAUUUAUUCAGUCCUAUUAGUCAUUCAUCCACUAUAUCGUUAUUGGCGUCACGACUUUCACAAAUCACUAGACCAUUUCUUUUUAGUGCACAAUCCAGCUUCUUUUCCCGUUUAAAGUGAGUUCGUCCCACUUUUUGUCACGUAAUAUCUAUGUCAUACUAUACACGCACUUUUUUCUCCUUUCAAUUUCAUCUCUUAGUAAUAUGUCAGUGAAUGUUUUGAAUAAGUCUUUAUAUUGUUCUGAAUCGUCAAUUGCAGCAAUUACUAUGAGACAGAUCAUUUAUUUUUGUGCCCAUCAUUAUCUCAUAAUUUUUAAGUAUUUAUAAAGGUAAAUAAAUUCUUAAAUACCUUCGUCAGC